AUGCAUUGAUUAUGAGUGUUUCAUCUCAUCGAGAACAUCGUGAUCAAGAAAAACUUCAAUAACACGUAAAGGAUGGUUAAGAUGAUAUUUUUCUUGUGCCUGGUUUUUUUUGUCGCUAUCGUCCAAGCAGGACCUGUCUCUUAUCCAGAACCCGAUAAUUCAAACAACAUUCAAGUUCCUCCAUACGGCCGUAUUGUUCCUUUUAGUUCCCAUUCAACUCUCGGUUAUUCCAAAAUCAUGAAAGUGUUCCCUCAUGACCGCAACAUACCAUUGAAUAGUCGUCAUGUUCGAGCAACUGACGAUGGUUGGCAAGUCGAGCCUAAUGUAAACAGGGAUGCUGAUGGAAAUACGGCCGGAUCUGUAAGGGUGCAGAAGAAUUUCGGGGAUCACGAGGUCCAUGCUGGUGCUUCAAGGGUGUUUUCUGGCCCUAACAGGGGUGGGCCAUCCUACAAUAUUGGAGCAACUUUUAGAUGGUGAAAUCUCUUGGCUCUGAAAUCACAUUAUCGAUCAUGAAUAGCUUACAAAAAUAAAAUACCUACUCAUAACUGAUUGUGUACAAUUUUUAACAAAAUAAAGUAUUCUUUUAUAAA